CAAAAUCAUAAAUUGGGAACACAACUGCUAAAAAACAAAUUAUAUUUUGUACUGCGUAUUGGUCGUUGUGUAUUGCAUGAUUUGUAUAGCACGGGUGAGAAAAAUACAAUGGAAAAAUACAUGAAUUGUAUAGCACGGGUGAGAAAAAUACGAUGGAACGGUAGAAAAAUAGCCGCAUGAGCUGUAUGUGACCAUUGACAUGAAGAACUAGCCGUUAGUUACUCAAAAUUCAAAUUCUCGCUGUCACUUUCACGCUGGAUCGCAGAAACACACUGCUUUAUAUAACUUUCCAUUUCCGGUUUCUCUUCUUCUUCUCUCUCUUGCCCUCUCUCAUAGUUUGCCCAUUGACAGGCGGUGUUGUCUCAGGUAAGAUCCAGAUAAUCCGAUGUAUUUUGUUAAUUCUGCCCUCACCAUAUCUGGCGAGUUAUCAAUUUUAAUCUCGGUGAACUUUCUGUAUAGGAUCUCCGAAUUGUUAGCUGCUGCGAAGGUGUGUUGCUUCAAAAUUAGGGCUAAAUCACUUCGAAUCCCCUGCUCUGUUGCUACUUUCUCUGGAAAGCGAUAUGUCCUGCAGAGAAAUUGUUGCUAAGGAAAGUUCUUAGAUAACAGAACCAGAUCAAAGUUUUGUGGAUACAAGCUUUAGUAAGAAUAUGACCGCGAAAACUCCUGGUACACCAGCUUCGAAGCUAGAAAGGACACCAGCUAGCACUCCUUCUGGACAAAGAGAAAGAGAGGAAAAAAUCGUAGUUACAGUGCGUUUAAGACCAUUAAACAAAAGGGAGCAAUCAGCCAAGGAUCAUGUGGCAUGGGAGUGCAUUGAUGAUCAUACAGUUGUAUAUAAGCAAACAUCCCAGGAACGGCCUCCACAACCUAGCUCAUUUACAUUUGAUAAAGUAUUUGGUCCUGAUAGCUUAACUGAAACAGUAUAUGAGGAAGGUGUAAAGAAUGUGGCUUUAUCUGCUUUGAUGGGAAUCAAUGCAACAAUUUUUGCUUAUGGGCAAACCAGUAGUGGGAAGACAUACACUAUGAGAGGAAUUACAGCAAAAGCUGUUAAUGACAUCUAUGCUCAUAUCGCAAAUACUCCAGGAAGAGAGUUUAGAGUAAAGAUAUCUGGACUGGAAAUCUACAAUGAAAAUGUAAGGGACCUAUUGAAUUCAGAAUCUGGCCGUAAUCUCAAGCUUCUAGAUGAUCCUGAGAAAGGAACUAUGGUUGAAAAGUUGGUUGAAGAAACAGCAGCUAAUGAUCAACAUCUCAGACAGUUAAUUAGUGUUUGUGAUGCUCAGAGACAAGUUGGUGAAACUUCCCUUAAUGAGACAAGCUCAAGAUCUCACCAGAUCAUAAGACUGACAAUAGAAAGUAUCCUUCGUGAAAGUUCAGGAUGUGUGAGGUCUUACGUUGCAAGUUUGAACUUUGUAGAUUUAGCUGGAAGUGAAAGGGCAUCACAGACAAAUGCUGAUGGUGCUAGACUCCGGGAAGGCUGCCAUAUUAACUUGAGUUUGAUGACUCUUACAACUGUUAUCAGAAAGCUCAGCGUGGGAAAACGAACUGGUCAUAUACCCUACAGAGACUCGAAGCUGACGCGCAUAUUGCAGCACUCCCUAGGCGGAAAUGCCCGUACUGCCAUCGUUUGCACUUUGAGUCCCGCUUCUUGUCAUGUGGAGCAAUCGCGUAAUACUCUCUUCUUUGCUACCCGCGCAAAGGAAGUGACGAACAAUGCUCAAGUGAACUUGGUUGUUUCAGACAAACAGCUCGUUAAGCAUUUGCAGAAGGAGGUUGCCCGACUUGAAGCGCAACUGGGAACACCUGAUAUUUCAAAUGACAAAGAUUUUAAGAUUCAGCAGAUGGAGCUGGAAAUUGAAGAGCUGAGGCGCCAAAGAGAUCUUGCUCAGUCUCAAGUGGAUGAGUUACGCAGGAAGCUCGAGGAAGAACAGGGACUAAAAUCACCACAACAGGAGUCAUUUACUAGUCCAGUUGCAAGGACUCUCUCCUUCUCUACCACAUCACCUAACCUUAAAGUAAAGGAAUCAGUUCGUAGUGAAAGAGCAAGAAACACAAUGGGAAGACGAUCAAUGAUGAGGCAAUCUCUAGCUGUUCCUUUCACGCUCAUGCAUGAAAUUAAGAAACUUGAACACCUUCAGGAGCAACUCGGAAAAGAAGCAAACCGGGCACUCGAAGUGUUGCAGAAGGAAGUAACUUGUUAUAGACAAGGUAACCAAGAUGCUGCUGAGACUAUAGCUAAGCUGCAAUCAGAGAUCAGGGGAAUGUGUGCCGAAGAACAGCCUGCUCAUAAAGAUGUUGAAGUUGGAAAUUUUGGUUCUGUCAAUAAGAGUGUCAGUGCAAACCUCAAAGAAGAAAUUGCAAAACUCCACUCUCAAGGUAGCACAAUAGCCAAUCUUGAAGAGCAACUGGAAAUUGUUCAGAAGUCCAUAGACAAAUUAAUAAUGUCUCUCCCUGAUUCAAAUGAUGAUUCAUCCGUGAAAUCUAAAAAUCUAUCCAAGAAGAAGAAAUUGCUUCCAUUAGCAUCUAACAACAGUCUUAAUAUGCAAAGUUUCAUCAAAUCUCCAUGUUCACCUUUAUCAUCAACUUGCCAAGUCAUGAAGAACUCCGAGACUGAAAACAGACCUCCAGAGUAUAGUGAUGACGUGUCAGUCGAGAAGGAGACUCCUACGAAAAGUGAAGGAGGGGGUGAGUUGUCAUCAAAAGAGAGUACCCCUGUCAAUAUGAGAAAAAUGCAAAAGAUGUUCCAAGAUGCAGCAGAAGAGAAUGUCAGAAGCAUAAGAUCAUAUGUAACUGAGCUUAAAGAACGUGUUGCCAAGCUGCAAUACCAAAAGCAACUACUUGUUUGCCAGGUGCUUGAACUCGAAGCAAAUGAAGCAGCUGGGUACACAUUAGAAAACGAUGUUGUUCCUGAGAUAGAGGAGGAGUCUCCGGCUUCAUGGCACAUAAUAUUUAGGGAGCAACAACAGCACAUCAUUGACUUAUGGGAUGUUUGUCAUGUCUCCAUCAUUCAUAGGUCACAGUUCUAUCUAUUAUUUAAAGGUGACCCUACGGACCAGAUAUAUAUGGAAGUUGAACUUAGGCGCUUGACUUGGUUACAACAACACCUAGCAGAGCUUGGAAAUGCAAGUCCAGCUCAUGUGGGAAAUGAGCCGACGAUUUCUUUAUCAUCAAGUAUUAAGGCACUGAAGAGGGAAAGGGAGUUUCUUGCAAAGAGAUUGGCCACUCGUUUGAGCGUAGAGGAAAGAGAUGCAUUAUACAUGAAAUGGAGGGUUCCUUUAGAUGCAAAGCAGAGGAGGAUGCAGUUCAUAAACAAGCUGUGGACAAUUCCACAUGACAGGAAACAUGUAGAAGAGAGUGCAGAGAUAGUUGCAAGGCUUGUAGGCUUCUCUGAGGGUGGGAAUCUAUCAAGGGAAAUGUUUGAGCUCAAUUUUGUCCUUCCAUCUGACAAGAGGCCGUGGUUUAUGGGAUGGAAUCCAAUAUCUGAACUUCUUCAUUUAUAAUAAGAAAAAGUACAAGAAUUCUUUCUGUAAUUAAAUUGUGUUUUCAUUUCUUGUUCACCCCCUUUCAGUGGCAUUCAGAAUAUUUUUCAGUGUAUACUGAAUCUGUAGCCAGUUUAUAGACUGGAACCAAAUAGAUAUCAAUAUUCGUUAUGACUCGUUACUUUGCAUGAAAGUGGGAUUUUUUGCUGCACCUCUUGAGUGUGCAGAUUUUGGAGAAGUCUUUUGGCAGAAAGAAAGAGCAGAAGUAAUUUUGUGUGCUACGUGUGUUAGAGACCUAUAGAGAAUAUAAAAAAAAAAUAGAAUAAGUGUAAUAAGUGUUUGGGGGGGAUUAUUAGAUAAGGACUAUGGCUGGGUGGCUGAGGUCUAUAAAUAGAAGUUAGAAAGAUGUAAUACGGGGCGGAAUUUGAAUUGUAAAGUGUAGCCCUAACUGUUGCCUAGGCCGAUGGCCAUUGUUGCCUUUUCUUGAAUAAGAAGUUGCCUUGAGUUCUUGAUU